GGAUCGUAGUUGGAUGAGAGCUAAUCGAUUAAGUGCUGAAUACGAACAUGGAGUGAUGGAAUUUCUACCGUUUGCUGAAAGUAAUGCUAAAAAAGAUCUUCCUCCUCCUAAAAGUAAUGCUGAAGAAAGUCUUCCUACGCUUUUUCUCUGCCGAUGUGUUCGUUGUGCAAAUCAAGAACCAAAACAUAGUAAGAAAGGGAGUUUGUGCUGAUGGGAACUCUAACUUAAGUGAUGAAAUUGGCAUGCUUCUUAAUGCUGCUCUUGGUCUGAGGCCCGUAGGAGCUGUGAUAUUUUUGCAACGGAAUAAUCUCAAAUUGUGCUUGCGCAACUCUGAUAGUGCUACCGAUACUUCGGAAGUUGCUAAGGUAUAUGGCGGAGGAGGUUAUGCAAGUUCGAGCUCCUUCAUAAUCAGGAUGGAUGAGUAUAACCAAUGGAUUUCAGCAAAUUCGUUAUGAUGGUUUGUGGAUUUGAGUAUCUAUCUAAUCUUGGCUCGCUGUCAUCCAAAUGGGUUUCUCUUUUGUGUAUCUUCUUGAUUUUGGUUUGUGACAUUCUUAAUUCUCUGCUUUGGGGUACAACUGUAAAAUGUCUUUGUUAUAAGCAUUUAACAUAAUGUGCAGCUGUUUGAAUAUUCUUGGAGCAA